AUGGCAGAAAGAGAAAAACAAGACAAGGGUAAAGGACUGAGGAGCAGAGAGAAAAAGAAAGAGGGAUGGAGAGCAGGGCAGAGAAACGGCAAAAGAAAAUCAGUAGUGGAGAGCCGGGCAGAGGACAGUAAGACAAUGGAGAAGACCGAGGAGCUGAGAGAGAAAGCAAGGUCGAAAGAAAAGACAAGCAAAAAUAAGAGACAGGGAACAGGGCAGAAACGGAGGGGAGAAAAAAAAAAGACAGGAGGCAGAACAAAGGGAAAGAAAGACAAAGAAAGGGGGCAGGACAAACGGAUGAAAAAGUGA